CGUGACGAGCGAUCAUUGUAGACAGUGCCUAAAAGUAGCUGUUUCCGGUUUUCCCAUGUUCUUUUUCCGGUGUUCGUCGCGUGAGCAAGUUGAUAAUAAAUAUCAACCAUGGGCAAGGGAAAUAAUAUGAUCCCUAAUGGCCAUUUCCAUAAGGAUUGGCAAAGAUACGUUAAGACUUGGUUCAAUCAGCCGGCGAGGAAAAUCCGCCGUAAAGUGAAACGCAUCAAGAAAGCCAGAUCUGUUGCACCUAGACCCGUGAAUCUUCUAAGACCAGUUGUGCAUUGCCCAACAUUCCGCUAUCACACCAAGGUUCGCGCCGGCAGGGGUUUCACACUGGCUGAACUGAAGGCGAGCGGUUUGAACAAGAAAUUCGCCAGGUCUAUCGGGGUCGCAGUCGAUCCUCGUCGUCGCAAUAAGUCAAUCGAGUCUCUGCAAACAAAUGCUCAACGUUUAAAGGAGUACAGGGCUAAAUUGAUUCUCUUCCCGAUAAACGAGAAGCAUCCUCAGAAGGGUGACGCGACCGAGGAAGAAAGAAAACUCGCGGUUCAAGUCAAGGGUGAUCCUAUGCCCAUCAAACAUCAGGCGGCCGCCAAGUUGAAGACCCGUCCCGUUACCGAGGAUGAGGCCAAGUUCUCAGCGUACGUGACUCUUCGCAAAGCGAGAGCGGACGAACGUUUGGUCGGUGUUCGCGCGAAACGCGCCAAGGACGCUUCCGAGAAUCCCGAUGAUGUGACAAAGGUUGCUAAGGACAAGAAACCGAAAAAGUAAUAGCUCUAUGACAUAUUUUCCUUGUGUAAAUAAAACAAAAUAAAAUCUUUCUUUGAGGGAAAGUAA